GCAAGAGAAAACCAGUAUCAAAGUUCCUGGAAAUUAUACUAUGGGACAAGUUUUGAAACAAGUGUGCUCAAUCCAAGGGUUGUCUUCAUCCAAAUAUAGGUUUAAAAGCCAGCAAGAAGAUGUUAGAAACUAUGAACAUGCUGCCAAUUUGAAACUGAAUGCAUUGCAAUUGGUUCCUAUUACUUCAAGUUUAUUACCUUCAGUGCCAGCGUUUGAGUCCGGUAUCACACCUCUUGAUUCGAUACCCAUGAUAACACCAGGAGAUAAUCCGUUUGAGGAGAAAAUGAAUAAUUUAUCAUUGGAAGAAAAACCAAAGCCAGUCAAACAGGAUAAUACUUCCGAAAAACGUAAAUCAAGACCAGAACCAGCCAACAAAUACUUGGACGAUAUUCUUCGUGGUAACAAUCCUCAACUUCCAACUAGUAUCAACACUAUAUAUUUCAAGUGGAAGGUGCUCAAGAACAAUUCCAAGAUGAAAAUAAAGAACUUCUCCGAAAAGAAUUUCAUCAUUGAUGGGGAUUACAUCCAUCUUACCCCACCUGAUGACGUUGAUUUAGGCAAUAUUGAAGAAAAUGCUGCCACACAACACCACCAUUAUAAUUACUUGGGGCAUCAUGGAAGUAAAGCUAGUUCAAAAACUUAUUCAUUUCAUAUUACUCAGAUAACAAAAACCAAGCAGUAUACUAAACCACUGAAUUACUUUAGAUUAGUGGUAAACCAGGGUCGAUCUACUGGGAAGGAAGAGUUGGUGAAAAAGUUUUAUUUAGUGGCAAGUACAGAAAAAGAAUGUCAUGAGAUUUUAGAUAAGUUGAAGUGGGUGUUGCAAGUGUAUCUUAGUAAUGUAUAGCUAUGUACUUGUAUAGUAGUACUUGUUACACCGCU